AUGGGCGCGCUCGAAUUCUUAUGCGACAUACGAUUUCAUAAGAAAUUCGUCCUUCCCCCAAACCCCGAGACUGGAAGAAAUAAACCCUAUCGUGUUUCCUAUUCCGACUAUGGGGAUUCAACCAGUAACGCAGUCGUCCUCUUCUGUGGAGCGCUGAUGGGUACCCGCCUCAGCUAUGCUACUCUCGAUCAGCUAGCCAGAGCCUAUAAUGUCAGGAUCAUUCAUCCAGACAGGCCCGGGAUAGGUGGCAGUGAUGCAGUUGAUCUUGAAAAGCGGAUACAGACCUGGCUUGAAAUGGUCCCUCCACUCCUGGCUCAUCUCAGAAUCCCCUAUGUUUCGCUCGCAAGUCACAGUGGAGGCGACAUCUACCUCCUCAACACCAUGUUAACCCACCCGCACAUCCUACAUCCUACAAAUCCUUAUGUCUGUUUCUUUGCGCCAUGGGUUCAUCCUUCCCACACUAAAGUCAUGCACAUGUGGGCGACUGAGCUCCUGCCAGCACCAAUAAUUGGCAAAUAUGCAUUGGCAGCGAAAUUCGUUACCGAAAAUGUGAUACCUUUGGCAGGAAUGAGUGGCAGCCUUGUCCAAGGUAUCAAGGGUUCGUUGCUGCGCUCCAACCCUCCACCCGGCCCCGUUCCACUUGCGCAGGCCACUACCCGGUCGCGACCGCCUUCGAUAUGUUCUCAUGAAAGGACCAAUACUCUUGCAUUGGAGGAACCGAAGGUGGUAGAAGAGCUGCGGAACCAUAUCACGACAUUCUUGUUCGCUGAAACCAUGGAUGGUAUAUCUGCAGAUGCUCAGCUGUUCAUGAAGAAGCCACGUUCCCUCCCGUGGUCCUCACCGAGUACCCUCUGGCCCGACAUCGACUGCGCGGUGCCCCUACUGUCCAAGAUGAUCAACGAAGAUGGUAGGGUGGGUAGCAACAGUAGGAAAUGGAUCAUCGAUACUUUCCAUGCUUCCGAGGACGAAAUGGUUGGCGAUAAAGGGAGGCAGUGGUUCGACGAUUGUUGGAAAUCGGAUCAGACGUCUACGACCAGCGUCCACAGUGUUUCAUCGCAAGCAGCACAACCGCCGUCGCAGAAGAACUACGUGUACAGAAGCCAGGUUGUCAAAAGGACGGAUCACAACUUCUUGCUGGACCCAGUCUUUGGUGCAAGCGAAUCAUGGCUUCAGCGAGUAGCGGAAGCUUUCCAGAUACCUACGGGUGUUGAUAACAUGAUUCAGGCAUCUCCAUAA